UAAAUGCAUUCAAUCACAAAAUGACUUGGAGCAUGACUUGAAGGAUUGUUGGACUCUCUUUGUGCUUAUGUUUUAGGAUAACUGGGUGUGCAGCUCUGGUUAUGGCUAUUUCUAUCAUCUGUCAUCAUCUGGACCUUCCCAAGCGGUACUGGGCUCAUUCAAGAACAACAUGGCUGAAUCCUGUACAAGAUCUGGCUUCUGGAUCCACCCUGAAUACAUGCCCAUCAGCAAUGAUCCGGCCAUGUUCCAAGACUUUACGGCCUGGAAAAGCCGAGGUGGAGCUCAGAUCUCUCGAUGUGGAAACAUCUCAUUUAAAGGCUUCAGGAUCUACUCCUGCCAAGAAUUUGGGAUUAAUAUCAGCGAAAGUAGAGGGAACACCGAGAUUUCAGAUAGUUUAUUGCUUGGCCAUUUUGAUGGGGAGGACAUGGCUUGUAUGAUGUCUGGUGUUGCUACUCCGAAAAGGUUCCAGUUGGUCAUCUCUAACACAACAUUUGUGAACUUUGACCGUCAGACGUGCAGCGCUCUAAGCACAUGUACCGGCUGUAUGAGGGGACAAGGUGGAUUCACAGUAAAAUCCCAGAGACUUUUGUUCAUAAACUCGCCCAGAAAACUGUUCUUUCCACGAGCUCAUAGUGCCUUAAUGGAAGACAUUGAUGGCUCUUUCUUUGGCUUGGAAGGGAGCCACCUGCUGGCCACCACGGACAUCCUCCCAGGCUGCUGCCUCGCAAAGGCUGAAAUCAGCAGUGGCAAACCAGCCAGUGUCUGCCCAGCCGACAAUAAGUUCCACCGAAUGACCAUCUCUCUAGGACACUCUCCCAACGUUGGUUACAGCCUGACAGUCAUCAACAGCAGAAAUGACAGCAGCACUGUGAACUAUGUAGAAGACACUCUGUCCAGCUUAUACGGCUGGCAGGCCCUGCUCCUGGAUAAAGAGACCUAUGCCCUCAUAUUCCAUUCCCCAGACAGGAGGAACACUUUACAUUAUUCUGCCACUUUUGACGAUUUUGAAACGGGAAAUUACAUGUUGGUGCAGCACUGGAACCUGCCGAGAUCCGUGAACAUCUCUAUAACUUGUGGGCUGAAACCUAAGAGACCUCUCCAAUUUGCUCCUCUGCCAGGGAAGAGUGAAGCCUGUGACUGGUACUACAACGGUACUCUCGGGAUACUGACCUACAUUGUCUCUGGUGAAGGCCUAAUCAGAGUGACGCUUACAGUAGAAGAGAGUAUGGCACCACCAACCACACCUGCACCCGAUCCUCUGCCUCUGGUCCUCUACUGGUCCUCUCCAGAUUCUUGGGUUGGGGUUGGAGAAGGUUGGGGAGGACAUGACUCAACAAUACCGCAGGCUGGAGAUGAUGUUAUUAUCCUACCCAGUUAUCUCCGGCAGAUGGAAGUCACUAUCCAGCUUGAAGAUGAUCAAUAUGGGGAAUAUGAUUCAUAUCAUUACCAAAGUAGUUGGCAGACCACUACAUGUCCCUUCUGGCAAUGAAGGAGCAAAUUUAAAACCAGAAUAAGAAAAAGGAGUUUAUCUCAUCUGACAGACUGGAGGAUAAGAAAAAUAGAAUGCUUUUUAAUGUAUAUUUUUUACACACAUUUCCAUUCCAUUAACCUUUUUUUUAAAUACACUAUUAGCUCUUU